AAAUCUUUUAAUCAUUUCCAUUCUGUAUCAUUAAUCUAUGUACUAUGUUGUAAUAGAUGUAAUGGGAAUCGUGGAAGAUCUUGAACCAAUCCAGGAAUUCCAGACAAACCAUGGUCCAGUAGAAAUUAUAAAAUUCACAAUAUAUGAUGGAAGUGUUAGACACAAAGUGCAUAUAUCGGGACCCUUCAACCCUGACGCGUUAUCGUUGUAUGACGAUCAAUUUGCAAAUCCCAAGAUUGUCAUAAUGGCAAGCACAAGAAUUUCUGAGUUUAGAGGGACUAUUAAGAUAACUAAUCUUUCGUCCACCAAGAUUUAUGUGAACCUUGAAUGCCCGGAAGUGACAACGUUCAGACAAUGGUUGAUCAAUGAUGGCUUCAUGGAGUUUUGACCUAUCAUUUGAUCUGAAGAACUAGAUGCUAAGUACGACAUGGGAGCUAAUAAGAACUGGGUUGCUGUGAGGCAGAUUUGUGCCGCAUCAUUCCUUGAUUCAGAUUAUUGUUUUGGGUUUCAUCCUAGGAUUUUC